CGCGGAAGCAAAGGGAUCAGUAUAUAGAUAUAGAUAUAUAUUAAAAGUAGAGCCGGACAUUGAAUGAUGAAGCCACUGCUGCGACCGAGUGGUGGCUUGAAACUUCAAAGAGGCUUUUCUGCCCUGCAGAGAUGAGCACAGAUAAGGACGGACCGCUUUGCAGGCCUCCGGAUGGGAGAAAGACUCUCCUCGCUGCUGCUGAGGGAGAUGAAAACAAACCGACUGGGCCAAAACCGGUUCCAGAAAGGCAGGUUUGCACCAGCCCCGGCAUUGCAACUCUUACAGACAAUACUAAGCGAUUUAAGCUAAGUAGCAGCCAAGCCACCCAAGAAAGCCCUGGGAUGUCACAGCAAAUGGCGAGGAAGGCAACUGGUCCUUCCAUUACCGCAGAAGAGAAACGGAAAAAAAGUAUUUUUAGUAUACAGUUUUCUAAAAACAAAAAGGAAAAAUGCACUCCUCAUGACAAAAUGUCUUCCAUAAAUACAAGCAUGAGCUACAAAGGGAGCCCUGCGUUGACCGUCAAAGAAGAUGGCGGCAAUUGUACAAAGAGGACCCAGACAGAGGUCUCAAAAGUAUCUCGACCCCGCCAAGAUAAUUCUCACAAAAGUAAAGAAAACCUGCCUGCCUCGCUCAUCACUUCCCCGAUGGAAUCGUCUGUAGACUACGAGGAGGACAUGUACCGUGAUGCGGAAGAAAUAGAGAGAGAAAAAGUAUUGCUUGUGUGUGGGACAGGCUCCUCAGAUUUUCCAGAAAACAAGCUAAGUGUUGAACCAGAGGUCGGCAUCAUGGAUUACUGUCAAAAAGAAUGGAGAGGAACCACCUCGCAGGCCAAAUGUAUAAGGAAGGGCUACGAAGCAGUUUCACAGAAAUUUAUUUCGAUAAGGAGAGUGCGAGGGGAUAACUAUUGUGCCGUCAGAGCGACGCUGUUUCAAGCCCUUAGCCAAGCUGUUCAGCUUCCUGACUGGCUCAAGAGAGAGGACAUGAUGUUGCUCCCAGAGAAACUGAUGGAGAAAUAUGGCUGGAUCACGCAGUGGCAGCUCAGGCAAAAAUGGACCAGCAAAGUUGAAAACUUGGUGGAUGAAAUUAAAGACUGUUUAAUGCUACUAAAAAGCAAGUGGAAACGUAUGAGUGAAAUGAAGGCCCUCGCCGAGAGGCAAGUGGCUUGCGAUGAGCUUUUCAGAAGUGAGGAGGAUGAAUACAAACUCUACGAAGCUGUGAAAUUUCUCAUGCUCAACACGGCAAUCCGUUUGUAUGAAGACAACGAGAAGGGGAAGGAGGUCCCCGUGUUCGCCUGGCUUCUCUUUGCCCGGGAUACAUCCAGCAAUCCUUCCCAGCUGAUGGAAAACCACUUGAAUCAACUCGGCCACACGGGAGGCCUUGAACAAGUGGAGAUGUUUCUCCUGGCUUACGCCCUGCAGCACACCAUCCAGGUCUAUCGACUCUAUAAGUACAACACAGAUGAAUUCAUCACUCUUUACCCCAACGACCCAGAAGAGGCCUGGCCAAUUGUAACCCUUAUAACUGAAGAUGACAGACAUUAUAAUAUUCCUGCUCGAGUGUGCGAAGAGACUAGUUUGUAAAAAAACAAAAACAAAAAACAGGUGCGUAAACGGAAUAAACAGCUUAAAAGCAAA